AUGCAGACCUUGUCCAGAUUUGGCCGUGUGCCUCUGAUUAUUGUCAGCUUAAGCGUCUCGACCCUCGCUUGGAUGGGUAUUGGGAUUGCCGGCUGCUUUUCAGGAACUAUUAGCGCUUGGUACACGGGAAUCACACUAGUCACGGUAAUCGCGGCCUGCGGUAUUGGUGCAUGGCCAGCAUCCUACGCUGUCGGUGGAGAGGCAUCGUCUCUGCGGCUUCGGGCCAAGUCCCAAGGUUUGGGCUGGUUCGUUUCCGGAUUCUCCAGCGUCGUUUCCAACCUCAUCUUACCGUACAUCUUCAACUCUGAUCAAGGUACCCUGCGCGGUAAGACCGGUUUUGUAUGUGCGGGUUUCUCGGCCAUUGCCCUCGUGGGAACAUGGCUUUACGUGCCAGAAAUGAAAGAUUGGACGCCCAGCGAGAUUGACGAUAUGUUCGAAGCAGUCGUACCUGCACGGCAGUUCAGAAAGUGGUCCCCACUGACUGCUGAUCCACUUUCUUCGGAUCGUUCCCCACAAGCAUGA